CGGAGCUGUGGGGAGAGGGCGAUGUGUCUGCUGGUGCUGCUGGUGGGCGCCUGCGUCCUGCUGGGAUCCUGUUGGGCCGCGGGAGCCGAGCCCAGGGCCCUGUCUCCAGGUGCUGGGUCUGGGUGAAGAAUGGAAGGGAGGGGACGUGGCACGAACGGUGGGAGGUGGCCAGAAGGUCCGAUGGCUGAAAAAAGAACUGGAGCGGCACGCAGACAAGGAAGACCUCAUCGUCAUGUUCGUUGACAGGUUGGAGGCCACCCAGACGGAAUAUGAGGUGUUGUUCCUCCAACCUGAGUCCACCUCGCUGUGGCAGUCGAGGAGGCCACGGACCGACAUGUUGGAACGGGAAUGACAGGUAGGAUUGAAAUGAGCGGCCACCGGGAGAUCCCGCUCUUUCUGGUGGACAGCAGAGCAGUCUCCCCAUCACCGAUAUACAGGAGCCCAUUUUUUGUACAAGAUUCCCUCUCGGUCUUCUGAAUUCCAGCGAGUGUAGUCCCGCCCGACUCAACUCGGGGUAACCCACUCAUCUCCAGAAGCAACUUCCACUACGCCACCUCCAAAGCCAGUAUGUCUUUCCUCAGGUAGGGAGACCAGAACUGUGCGCAGCUGACCAAAUUGGCUGUCGUUUUGGCCACCACACUACAGGAAGGAUGUGGAGAGGCUGCAGACGUUGUCCACCAGGAUUCUGCAAGGCUUAGAGAGUACAAGCUGUCAGGAAAAGUUGGGUAAACUUGGAGGCUGAGGGAAGACCUAUCUGUUAGGUGGGGUUUGUGGUCAGGGUCUUUUUCCCCACGGUACACUCUACCCCUUUCACCGGGAGAGACACGGUGUACUGGUCAGCCUGCCUGAGGAAGUUCAUCCUCGCAGUAAGCGUGGUGAAAGUUCUCUUGGCUUUCUCUGUACGCAUGUGACACCGAGUUUGGGGAUGUGGUGGACAGCGAGGAGGCCGUCAAAGCUCGCAGCUGGAAAAUGGCAGGUGACAGUUAAUGCAGACAAGUGUGAAGUGUUGCACUUCAGUAGGGCAAACCAGGGUAGAACUUGCACAGUGAGCAUCCAGUAGAACAGGGGGAUCUGGCAAUGCAGAUCCAUAAACCCUUGAAACUGGUGUCACGGGUAGAUAGGGUUGUUAAGAGAGCUUCUGCCCGUUGUCCUCCAUAAGUGUUGAGUGCAGGAGUUGAGACGGAUGUUAUGUGAGGCCUAAUUUGGAGUACGGUGUGCAGCUCUGGUCACCUACCUACAGGAGAGAUGUCAAUAAGAUUGAAAGAAUACUGAGGAAUGUUUACAAAUAUUGCUGGGUUCCAUUUCAACGUUUAAGAGAAACUUGGAUAGGUAUGUGGAUAGGAGGAGUAUGGAGGGUUAUGGUCCUGGUGUCGAACAAUGGGUCGAGGCAUAGUAACAGUUUGUCACACACUAGAUAGGCCCGUUUCUGUGCUGCAGUGUUCUGUGACUGUGUGAUGGUGUGGCUAAGGUAAGCUCCAACGCCAUCUGUAAGUUUGCGAAUGAUGCUGGAUGAAUCACAGGUGGUGAGGAGUCAGCAGCGAGGCUGAGACCAGACACAUCAAUCUCCCGCUCAACGGCAGUACAACGUCAGGAAGAUGAAGGAGGCACUAGCCCACAUUGGGGGGAAUGGAGAUCAUCGGUGGAGAGGGUCAGCAGCUUUAAAUUCCUGGGCAUUUACAUAUUGGGUGACCUGUCUUCGGCUCAGCACAUAGAGCCAAUUGCAUGGAAGGUGCACGGCCCUCUUUAAUUAAAAGCUUAAAGAGUUUUGACUGGUCACCUAAACACUGUUGAAAGAAUCCUGACUGCAUCACGGUCUGAGAAUAAGAGUUAAAAUCAGAUUUAUUAUCACCAGCAUAUGGUGUGAAAUUUGAUUACUUUGUGGCAGCAGUACAAUGCAAUACAUGAUAAAUGGAGAAAAAAAGUGUGUGUGUGUGUGUGUGUAUAUAUGUAAAUUAAAAUAUACUAAAUUAAAUAAUUAGUGCAGAAAUUGGAAUAAGAAGUUGUGAGGUAGUGUUUAUGGGUUCAAGGUCCAUUCAGAGGGGAAGAAGCUGUUUUUGAAUCGUCGUGUGUGCCUUUAGGCUCCUGCAUCUCCUUCCUAAUGGCAACAAUGAGAAGAAGGCAAGGCCUCGGUGGUGGAGGUUCUUAAUGAUGGAUGCUGCCUUGAAGAUGUCCUGGAUGCUAGGGAGGCUAGAGCAUAUGAUGGAGCUGACUAAGUUUACAACCUCCUGCAGCUGACUUCGAUCCUGUGCAGUAGCCCCCGCACCUCGCCUCAUACAGACAGUGAAACAGACUGUUAGAAUGCUCUGUUACGGAAACUCGAAUGUUCAGGAACUCAAGAAGCUGCAGAGGCCGAUGGACUCAGCCAAUACAUCCCUCCCCACCAUCGGUCGUUUCCACAGGAGGUUCUGCCUCGAGAAGGCAACAUCCAUCAUCAAAACCCACCAUUCGAACCACACCAUCCUCUCACAGUUCCCAUCAGACAGGAGGCACAGAGGCUUGAAGUCCCACACCACCUGGUUCAACCAACAGACACAUCCUUAGUCGCUACAGUUUAGCAGCAGUGUGACUACUUUGCAUUAAAAUGGACUUCUUGUAAAAAUUCUAUAUAGUUAUGCUGAUGUUCACUUAUAAACAGAGAUGAAGGACCUUCAUUGCUGCCCUGAGCGCAGAGUAGUAACAGGUGGUGUCUAACUAACUUCCUUGCUUGUAGGAUGCUGUCGUACUGUGUAAAAGUCUUAGACACGCACACACAGCCAGGGUGCCUAAGACUUAUGCACACUGCUGUAUUUGUCCUAAGAUCUGGCAUGAUCAAAGGACACAGCAUCGUAGGAGGGGUGAGGGACAGGUGGCAGAGAAGGAGAGCCAGGGGCAGGAGGUUAACACAGUGCAGACACACCCAGCCCUGAGACACCAGACAAGGUCAUUUGAUUCCAAACAAUUGGUUUAUUGAUCAUUACAGAAUGCUUCUCCUGUGCUUCCCACUCUCUCCCCUUUUCCCAACCAUGAUUCCCCUCUCCCUGCCCACUUCCCACUCUCAGUCCGCAGUAGAGACCCACUCACGUAUGUCAUGAAAUUUAUUUUUUUGGCAGCAGCAGAACAGUGCAAUACAUAAAGUCGCAGUACUAUGCAGAAGACUCGGUCACCAUAGAGAUAUAUAUUGAUAUGACUUUCACGCAGUACCGCAUGUGUCAGUGAUGCUGAUGUAAGUUAGUUUUGCACACCUGUGCACGCAGGUGCUUGUGCAGAUGAUAAUAAACCUGAACUUGACUUUAAAUAAGGUGAGCUUAAGCAAUUUGUGCCACUGCCUGUAAGGAGUUUGUAUGUUCUCCCCGUGACUGUGCGGGUUUCUUCCUCUCAUAGUCCAAGCGUGUACUGGUUAGGAGGUCAUUGUAAAUUGUCCUGUGAUUAGGCCAGGAAUUGUUGGUGGUGCGGUUCGAAGGACCUAUUCCGUGCUGUAUCUCAAUCGAUCGACAGACGGACGGGGCUUGUGAGCUCAGACAAAUGAAAAUCCUGAUUGUAUAGAUGCAGGAAUGUCGUGUCCUUUGGAUGGGUGUGUCCAGAAUCAGGAGUGACAAUCUUAGAGUCAGGGGUCAGCCAACUAGCGCAGGGAUGAGGGGAAACCUCUUUCCCCCAGAAGGAGUUGCCCUUUCCCAAGGACAGGCUGAGGGUAUUCAGGGCAGAGAUUGCCAUAUUCAUGGAAUGAAGGGGUUACGUUCAGGAACAUGGUACAGAGGUCAGAGGUCAGCCAUGGUGGUGUUGAAUAUUGAAGCAGGUAUCGACGGGCCGAAAGGCCUCUCCCGCGUUCUAUCACUCAUGUUCCAAUCAGUCGACCGUAGAUGCUGUAGGUUUGGAAGGUAGGGUGAAAGUGGCGCCCCUGCUUGGGGAUGGCAGGGAAUGCCUGCUAGAGGCCAGGGUCCUGAGUCCAAUUUCCAACAGUCAACAAUGCCAAUCUCCUUCACAAGCCCCGAAAAUUCAUUAGGAUCGCAAUUGAACUCCUGGGUUCAUCGGCUUGUCCUGGAGGAACGGGUAGAGGGCUGAGCACCAGAUAACAAGGACGUACAAAGACUUACUGGCACCGAACCACGGUAGCACAGUGGUUAAGUUACUGGCUUGGUAGCUACCAGACCAGAGACAUAGUUCAAAUCCCACUGAUGCUGCUAAGGAAUUUAAAUUGAAUUAAGUAAAUGUGAUCCAGACUCUGUCACAAGACUAUUGCAAACUCUCUCCUGACUAAUAAUCGUUAGACCAACUCUAGGUCAACCACCUCAGUUCUAGGAUAAAAUGCUGGUGUUUCUGACAACACUCUCUCACCAAGAAUAAAUAUAAUGAGAAGAUACCAGAACUGGACACAAGGGAUUCUGCAGAUGUUGGAAACCUUGAGCAACUGACACGGAGUGCUGGAGGGACUCAGAUAGUCAGCAGCAUCUGUGAAGAUGAUGCUUGACCUGCUGAGUUCCUCCAGCAGUUUGUGUUUGAUACGAGAAAUGGAACUCGUUUAUUGUUGUCACGUGUACCCAAGAUGCAGUGGAAAAACCUGCCUUGCAAACUGUUCAUACAGAUCUGAUCAUUACACAAUGCAUCGAGGUGGAACAAGUUAUGAUGUCAUCUUCGCUGGUCCGCCCGUGGAGCUGCUGAAGAAGUUCCUGUACUUUAAUCACAAGGUGAUCUUCGCAGCGGAGGAGUUCCUGUGGCCCGACGAGUCUUUGGAGGACCUCUAUCCACCUAUCCACAGUGGCAAGCCGUACCUCAACUCCGGAGGGUUUAUUGGGUAUGCUUCCUACAUCAACGACAUCGUUCAACAGUGGAAGUUCAAGGAUGACGAUGAUGACCAGCUCUUCUACACCCAGAUCUACCUCAACCCUGAGCUGCGGGAAAAAUACAAGAUAACGCUCGACCAUCGAUCCAUAAUCUUCCAGAACCUCAACGGUGCUCUCGAUGAAGUGGUUCUGAAGUUUGAGAGAGGGAAGGCCAGAGUACGGAACAUUGCCCAGGACACGUUACCGGUGAUUAUCCAUGGCAACGGGCCUACCAAGCUCCAGCUCAGUUAUCUGGGAAACUAUAUUCCCAAUGCCUGGACACACGAGACCGGAUGCGGGAUCUGCGACGAAGACAUGUUGGACUUUUCGGAGCUGCAGGAUGAGGACUACCCUCAUGUGACGAUUGGUGUCUUCAUCCUCCAGCCAACCCCCUUCUUCCAGGAAUUCUUGGACCAUCUCGUUACUCUGGAUUACCCACAUGACCAGCUCAGCCUCUUCAUCUACAAUCGGGAGGUUUACCACGAGAAACACAUCCAGGAGUUCUGGGAGAAAUACAGGGAGGACUUCUACACGGUCAAGGUCGUGGGGCCUGAGGAGGAGAUGACGGAGGGAGAGGCCCGGGACAUGGGACUCCACAUGUGCCGACAGAACCCAGACUGUGACUACUACCUCAACCUGGACUCGGACGUGGCCCUCACCAACCCCGAGACCCUGAGGAUCCUCAUUGGGCACAACAGGAAUGUGAUUGCCCCCAUGAUGAGUCGCCACGGCAAGCUUUGGUCCAAUUUCUGGGGUGCAAUUAACUCUGAGGGAUACUACAGCCGCUCAGAGGACUACAUCGACAUCGUCCAGCUCAAGAGAGUAGGUAUCUGGAAUGUUCCGUACAUCUCGCAGGUCUACCUGAUCAAAGGCGAAAUUCUGCGCACUCAGCUGAGGCACAAGAAUGUGUUCACCCGCCUGCAGAUGGACCCCGACAUGAUCUUCUGCAAGAAUAUCCGCGAAAAGGGAAUAUUCAUGUACGUUACCAACAUGGACGAUUUUGGACGCCUCGUGACAACGACCAACUACAACACCAGCCACCUGCACAAUGACUUGUGGCAAAUAUUCUCAAACCCAGAGGACUGGCGUGACAAGUACAUUCACGAAAACUACUCACAGAUUUUCACCGAUGACAUCGUGCAGCAGCCGUGCCCCGAUGUUUACUGGUUCCCCGUCCUCAGUGAGGAAGCGUGCGACCAUCUGGUUCAGGAGCUGGAGCAUUACGGCCAGUGGUCCGGGGGUAAGCACGAGGACACCCGACUCAGCGGAGGCUAUGAGAACGUCCCAACGGUGGACAUCCACAUGAAGCAGGUGAACUUCGAGCGGGAGUGGCUGAAGUUCCUGAGGGAGUACAUCGCUCCCGUCACCGAGAAGCUCUACCCCGGAUACUACACUAAGGCGGAAGCGGUCAUGAACUUCAUGGUCCGUUAUCGUCCCGACGAGCAACCCUCCUUGCGACCCCAUCACGACUCCUCCACCUUCACCAUCAACAUCGCCCUCAACACCAAAGGUGUCGACUACGAGGGUGGAGGCUGCAGGUUCCUGAGAUACAACUGCUCGGUAGAGAGUCCACGCAAGGGCUGGUCACUCAUGCACCCGGGACGUCUGACCCACUUCCACGAGGGCCUGCCGACCACCAGAGGCACGCGGUAUAUCAUGGUCUCCUUCGUGGACCCCUAACAAAGGCCAUGCCAGACGACUGAAGUGGUGGGGGGGGGGGGGGAGGGGGGAGAGACCUCUGGCUUUUCAACCAGACUUUCUGCAGUUAUUUAAAAGGAGGUCUUCCAUCCCUACCUCCCUCCACCCCGCUCCUCUCCAACCCUCCAUCCUCUAUCUCCCUCCCUUUCCCCUUCCAUACCCCUCCCCUUGGUUGGACAAUCAACAAUCAACCGAUUCUGAGGAGAAAGACCACUAUUGGGCCCAAACCAUCUCCAUCAAUCAGACCUUACCGGGCCUCUCCAUGUUGGUGACCUUUCUCUUCAUCUGCGCCCUGUGGAUUCUGAUUGGACAUUCUGGAUCAGUUCACCAUGGAAACCCAGCGCCUUGGAUAACCCACUGGCCUCGAGAUCUUCUGAGAGAGGCUGGGUCAGCAGCAACCCUGUCCUCCACACCCUUUGAUCGCCUCAGUGCCUAUCCAGCUGCAGGAGACAUCCAGCGAGUUUGCAGUCCUUAAGACAAAGUCGCCUCUGUCUUAUCACCAGCCCCUGCCCCGGCGUUCUGGACUCUCCGAGGGGGAGAGGGGAAGGACUCUGGGCUUCAGCCUCGACCUAAUUCCUCGGCAUGAGGGCCAUCGACCGGAAACUUUGCCUCCUGCUCCUCCCUCCGUCUGUCGUGCCUUAUUUUGCACUGCCAGGACCUGUGCACCUAAUUCUCCCCCCUCCACCACACUCCUCAUUUUGUUCCGGGGGUGGGGGGAGGUCAGGUGGGUAGGCCGAAUGGGACGAUGGACAGGCUGAAUGCCACCAGUGCCGUUUAUCCCCACCUGCUCCCGCUGGGAUCCAGUUGUCCAGCUGGGUCCCUAGCACAGCCAUUGCUGCCUCAUUGUUGGCCCAAUUUGGACCAGUGAUAAACGAGGUGAGGGGCCUUUCUUUAUAGGGAGAGGGAGACCAUAGUCCUCGUAGAAGCCACCCACUGUCUCUCCUCCAUGUCCUACAGCAUCCUGACUUCAAUAUUCUUCAGAAAUAUGCCCUCAGCCAUAGCAACUCAGUGGGAACCGUAAGAUACAGGAGCAGAAUUAGGCCUUUCAACCUGUCACCCUUUCAGAAUCACCUCCAACUACAGACAGCCCCUGGGGUGGGGGGUCACUACCAUCAGGAUCUCUGUAUCCCAUUUUGAGGGGAGGGAUGGUGGAGGCCUUUGUGUUCCUGAUCAGACAGCGGUUCCCAUUUCACGUAUCAAGUUGGAGGCUAUUUGGCCCUUCGAGUCUGUGCUAACCCUGGAAUCGAUGCCAUGUUAACUCCCGGAUUCUCUUUCACUGGGGCCAAUUAAUCGACCAGCCCCACGAGUGAUCGGCAUGAGGGAGGGAAUUCCACAUGGCUAGUGGGAGAGCAUGCAGUCUACAGGCAGAAGGUGCUGGGGUCAGGGUUGAACCUGUCUCUCUGGCACUGGGAGGCAGGGGCUCUGCCUAUUGGGUUUGGAUGAACAAAGAACAGCACAGGAACAGGCCCUUCUGCCCACAAUGCUGUGCCAAACCAAAUAGCCAACUAACCUAAUCCCUUCUGCCGACAUAAUUUCCAUAAUCUUCCACUUCUUCCCUCAUAUUCAUCUGCCUAGCUACACGUCUCUUAAAAGCCCUUAACAUGCCUGCCUGUACGACAACCCCAGGCACCCACCAUUCUGUGUGUUUUUUUAAAAAAAACUUCCUUCACAUCUCCUUUGAAAUCACCUGCUCUUAUCUUCAAUGCAUGCCCUCUGGUAUUAAACAUUUCCACCCUGGGAAACAGAUACUCCCUGUCCACUCUAUCUGUGCCUCUCAUAAUCUUGGAAACCUCUGUCAGAUCUCCCCUCAGCCUCCGCUGCUCCAGAGAAAACAACCCAAGUUUACCCAGCCUCUCAUGAUAGCAGAUGCCCUGUAAACCAGGCAGCAUCCUGGUAAACUUCCUCUGCACCCUCUCCAAAGCCUCAACAUCCCUCCUAUAGUGGGGCGACCAGAACUGUACACGAUAUUCCAGAUGUGGCCUAACCAGAGUUUAUAAAGUUGCAGCAUAACUUCCUGACUUUGAACUCAGUGCCUCAACUGAUGAAAGCAAGCACUCCAUAAGCCUUCUUAGCCACCUUAUCGAGCUGUGUAGCCACUGUCAAGGAGCUAUGAACCUGUACCCCAAGAUCUCUCUUCUCAUCAACACUAUUAAGGGUCUUGCCUAUAACAGUGUAUUGGUCUCUUUGCAUUUGACCUACCAGGAUGCAACGCUUCACAUUUGGCCGGGUUAAACUCCAUCUGCCAUUUCUCCACCCAUACCUGCAACUGAUCGAUAUCCCAUUGUAUUCUUUGUCAAUCUUCCACACUACCCACAACACCACCAACCUUCGUGUCAUCUGCAGACUUACUAACCCACCCAUCUACAUUUUCAUCCAGGUCAUUUCUGUACAUCACCAACAGAUCCCAGUACAGAUCCCUGCAGAACACCACUAAUCACAGACCUCCAGCUCGAAUAAGUCCCUUCACCCACUACUGUCUUCUAUGGACUAGUCAAUUCUGAAUAUAAACGGUCAAGUCGCCAUUGACCCCGUGCACCUUAAUCUACUGGAUGAGCCUCCCAUGAGGGACCUUGUCAAAUGCCUCACUAAAAUCCAUGUAGACCACACCCAGCUUCAUCGAUCACCCUCGUCACCUCAUCAACGCACUCAGCCAAGUUAGUAAAACACGACUUGCCCUUCACAAAGCCGUGCUGGCACUCCCUAAUUAGACCAUGCUUUUCCAAAUACUCUUAAAUUUCCCUGACGUGAGACUCACCGGUCUAUGGUUUCCAGGAUUAUCCCCGGUUCCCUUCUUGAACAAUGGAACAACAUUUGCUAUGUGCCAGUCCUCCGGGACCUCGCCUGUGGCUAGAGAGGACACAAAGAUAUUGAUCAAGGUCUCUUCACUUGCCUCUCUCAUUACCCUGUGGUAUAUCCCAUCAGACCCUGGGGACUUACCCACCUUAAUCCACUUGUAAGAGACAACCUCCUCCUUUACUUCGAAACACCCGAACACAUGAAUACUGAUCUCCCGAGCCUCCGGGUCCUUCUCCUUGGUAAAUAUUGAUGUAAAGUAUUCGUUAAGGACUUUGUCCACAUCCUUUGCAUCCAAGCAAGUGUUUCACCCCUUGAUGCGCUUGUGCUCUUUGUUCAAACAAGCUGGGAGUAGGCAUGUGUGCACACCCACUGCCUCGAAAGGCCUCAGAUUAUUUAUUACCAGUUUUUUCUUUUUCCCUGUGGAUUUUGUUCUUUGGUUGAGCUUUAUCUCAAAUCCACUCCUCGUCUCUGCAUCCACCCUCCCCCCCCCCCCCCCCCCCAGAAGGGCAAGGUGAGACCCCCUGCCUACUCUCUGAAGAAAGGUCUCCCCGUUGGGGAUGGACUAGCCCAGAAUAAGCCAGGCCUCUCCUGGGCCAGGAGCCCUCAUGCGUGCACCUCAGCCCAGCGACAGACACUACCAGGCCUAGCCUCCAUGUCUUGUUCCUAGGCUUAAACCUGUUGCCACAGUAACAGGGCCUAGCCUCAGUAUUUACCUCCUCAGCAAACACAGGCCUUGUGACAGAGUUGCUCCUUAUACUCACUUCACUGCCUCCAACCAGUCCAAAGGUGCACACUCCACCCCACCAGGGCUCCCCCUCGCCCCUAGCAGAUCCCAUUCGUUCCCUAGUGCCCACCAGCGGGCAGACCCAAGUGAGUUCCGGAUGAUGAGUGAGCGUCGCGAUGUGUAAAUUGUUGUAUAUUUCAUGUUUUAUUUUAAAUGUGUGACUGGACGAAAGUGCUAUAAAAAUGCUCAGCUGCCA